GUAACAACGAAACAUUGCCCAUUUAUCUUCCCAUUCAAGAUGCGCUUUCAAUCAGUAAUAGCCGCUCUACUACUUAGCCUAAGCUUCACAAUCCACGCCACCCAAACCUUCAAGAACACAGGCACCACUUCCGGCUGGAGCUCCAUCAACCACGAGCACAAGGGCACGGUGCAACAAGUCACAAAUGUAGUCUACGGCGGGUCAACCGCGCUCAAAAUGACGCAGGUCUACGACUCGAGCUACAGUGGUCGCUACCACUCGGAGGUGGUGCACAACGACAUGUACAAGCUGGGCGACGAAGGUUUCUACGGCUUCACGUUCCGUCUCCAAGAAUCGUGGCAGUUCUCGCCGGCCCAAUCGUACAAUAUCGCACAGUUCAUUGCCGACUUCGGCGACACAGGCUGCGACGACUACAUGCCGUCCAGCAUGGUGUGGCUUAUCGGGGACCAGCUCUUUACGCGGGUUAAGACGGGCAGCGUGUGCGCGCAGAAGACAACUACCUUUGGCAAUUUGGCCACUGUGAGCCCCGGCGUGUGGCAUAAGAUCAUUAUCCAGGCUAAGUGGCGGGCGGACGGUACGGGGUACUAUAAGAUGUGGUUUGAUGGGAAGAAGGUGCUUGAAAAGUAUAAUAUUGAUACCACCGUUGAUGAUCCCCGGCCGUUCCAGUUCCGGGUUGGGCUGUAUGCUAAUGGCUGGUAUGAUGAUGGUGGUAUGAAGGGAACCCAGGGGACACGCCAGGUGUGGUAUGAUGAGAUCGUUGCUGGCACGACUUUUGCCGAUGCGGAUCCUGAUCAGCAAUAAUGCUUUUCUUUUCGAGGUGUAUGUGGUGUCAAUGCAGGCAGUGAGUUCCUGUUGAAUUGCCGCAAUAUGCAAGUCGCAUUAAUAGUGGACUCGUUAUGCAUGUAUUGGUUGGACCCCGUUCGUCGAUGCUUUAUAGCCAGUUCAAUGCAUCCACCUCCAACUGAUGUUCAUAACUUAAUUCCCAAGUGAUACAAGUCCGAGAAGAGGAGUAGGGAGGGCGAUGUUAGCUGGUGACGCGAACUGUGUCCUCGUCAUGGCGCUCUCCCGUAUUCGUUGACACGUACUCAGGUACGAGGGAGUCAUUCUCAGGACAGAUAUACCUUUGACGAUCUAUAGGACAGCACCAAUGAUGAGUUAUGUUCAGCCCCACACUUCAUAGCCAAGGCGUUGAUUUGCAAGCUCCGCGGUGGACCCAAGGCAUUAAGAGUGCAGAAUACGAAAUGGACCGCUGAUGCCUGGUCGGU